UUUUGUUCCUGUAAAGAGACUGACAGCUCACAGAUGCUCCUGGGAGUCCCUGCUGCAUUGCCGUGAAGACAGACUCUUACUGUGAUCUUCAAGAGAAGAUAAGGUGUAGUGUCUCUGCAGGAGGCCUAAUUGCUGAUGUUUUGAAGUACUCCCUAAAUUCAUGAGAUGGCCAACACCACCCAAAUCUCCAAGGAUGAGCUGGAGGAGCUCAAGGAGGCCUUUGCCAAAGUUGACCUCAACAGCAAUGGGUUCAUCUGCGACUACGAGUUGCACGAGCUCUUCAAGGAAGCCAACCUGCCUCUCCCUGGGUACAAAGUGAGAGAGAUCAUCCAGAAGCUCAUGAUCGACAGCGACAAGAAUAAAGAUGGGAAGAUUAGCUUUGAAGAGUUUGUCUAUAUUUUCCAAGAGGUGAAAAGCAGUGAUAUCGCUAAAACUUUCAGAAAAGCAAUUAACCGAAAGGAAGGAAUCUGUGCAAUUGGUGGCACGUCGGAGCUCUCCAGCGAAGGAACGCAGCACUCGUAUUCAGAGGAAGAAAAAUAUGCCUUUGUAAACUGGAUAAACAAAGCCCUGGAGAACGAUCCCGACUGUAGGCACGUUAUUCCAAUGAACCCCAAUACAGAUGACCUGUUCAAAGCUGUGGGAGAUGGGAUUGUGCUGUGCAAAAUGAUCAAUCUUUCUGUUCCGGACACGAUUGACGAAAGAGCCAUUAACAAGAAGAAACUCACGCCGUUCAUAAUUCAGGUACAAUGCAUUUUUGUAUCUUUACUGAAAUUCACAUUAAGACAGAAUAAUAGAAAGAUUGGCAUGAUUCAGCUCAGCAGAAAUGAAGCGCUGGCUGCCUUACUUCGUGAUGGUGAAAAUCUGGAGGACCUUAUGAAACUGUCCCCAGAAGAGCUGCUCCUAAGAUGGGCAAACUUCCACUUGGAAAACGCAGGCUGGCACAAAAUCAAUAACUUAAGUUCGGAUAUCAAGCUUACCGAUUUUGGUAAUUCAGUAAAGGACUCUAGAGCUUAUUUCCACCUUCUCAAUCAAAUUGCACCAAAAGGGCAGAAAGAAGGAGAGCCUCAGAUUGACAUUAAUAUGUCUGGUUUCAACGAGAAGGACGACUUGCGGAGAGCGGAGUACAUGCUUCAGCAGGCCGACCGGCUGGGCUGCCGGCAGUUCGUCACGCCCGCCGACGUGGUCAGCGGCAAUCCCAAACUGAACCUGGCCUUCGUCGCGAACCUAUUCAACAAGUACCCGGCACUUACCAAGCCUGAAAACCAGGAUAUUGACUGGACUCUACUGGAAGGAGAGACGCGGGAAGAACGAACCUUCCGCAACUGGAUGAACUCCCUUGGUGUGAACCCUCACGUAAAUCACCUCUAUGGUGAUCUGCAAGAUGCACUUGUAAUACUACAAUUAUAUGAAAAGAUCAAAGUUCCUGUUGACUGGAAUAAGGUUAACAAGCCUCCAUAUCCUAAGCUUGGUGCAAAUAUGAAAAAGCUAGAAAACUGCAACUAUGCUGUAGAUCUGGGAAAACAUCCAGCUAAAUUCUCCCUGGUUGGCAUUGGAGGACAGGAUCUGAAUGACGGAAACCCAACGUUGACACUAGCCUUAGUCUGGCAGUUGAUGAGAAGGUACACGCUGAAUGUCCUUGAGGACCUCGGUGAUGGUCAGAAAGCGAACGAUGACAUUAUAGUCAGCUGGGUAAACAGGACCCUGAAAGAAGCUGGCAAGUCCACUUCCAUCCAGAACUUCAAGGAUAAGACUAUCAGCACAAGCUUGGCAGUUGUGGAUUUGAUUGAUGCUAUACAGCCUGGUUGUAUCAACUAUGACCUUGUAAAGACUGGUCAUCUAUCAGAAGAUGACAAACAGAAUAAUGCUAAGUAUGCUGUGUCCAUGGCAAGAAGAAUUGGUGCCAGAGUUUAUGCCCUUCCAGAAGACCUCGUGGAGGUGAAACCGAAGAUGGUCAUGACCGUGUUUGCCUGCUUGAUGGGCAGAGGAAUGAAGCGAGUAUAAAAGGGUUGAUACACGUAAAAAAACAAAACGCAACAAAAACCCAACCUGCCACCCUGGGUGCAUGAGUAGCAGAUCAGCUGUGUCCAUGUUGAAAUGCUGUUGGCCUAGGAACUGCUGAGUUCAAAGGACUUUGUUUUGCUUUGCAAGACAAACUCUUAUCAAAUUCUCAGGGAGAGGAGUUUUAACCAACAGACUUGCUCUUUUCCCGAAGGAAAGUCUAACUUAUCAAGAGCUUACAGAAAUGCAUUCAUAGCAGACCAGCAUCUUGCAAAACUGCUCUGGAGCUGUUUUCACCUCAUUAUUUCUCAGAUGCUUGGUGCGUGUUUUUUUUUUUUUCCCCUGGUGGUUAGUAUGAGUUGUAAUGGAAAUAAACCUUAUUUCUGCCUGCAGUCCAGUUUAAUUUGUAUUAUACGGUCCAAGCAUAGUCUAGGUUCAUUAACUUUGCAAACAAAGCUACAGUGCAAGUUGGGACCUGCAGGCCAGCUCACAAUGUUAAAUGAGAAAUGUUUAUAAUUUUGAAGAUGGGUCUUCCUAUGGUAUUCUCUGUACAUGGUGCUUUUUUAUAAACCUGACUGUUUUGAUUACUUUGCGAAUAAAGCAUGGCAGUCUUUUUUUCUUAACUGCUUAUAUAAAUUUUUAAGUUAGACUACAUACGAGAAUGCCACCAUCCUUGGGCCUCUUGUAGUAACUCAGAUACCAUGUUGCUGAUGGCACAGUUGCAUCUGAGAAUGGAGAUGAAUGCAUUUUUGUAUGCAUCUUGUUUCAGUUGUGUGCACCUAGAAAAUAAUUUUUACAAAAAUCUGCAUGAAAACUAUAACUUUUUUAUUUAAAAUGCUGUUGGAUAUAAAACCAUAAUCCGUUGUGGGGAGGUUUUGUGCAGGGAAGAGGCAAAUGUUAUAAACAGCAGGGUUCAAUAAACUGAACGGUAAAUGUGCUGGAACAUAAAACUAUUUUUGCAGAUAAAAGGAGUGUUGUCGCCAAAGAAGGAAGAAGCUGUAUCCAUAGGAGUUAAUAUUAUCUUGCUUUGGCAAGCUAUUUGCUAUAUUUUGAGAUCAUAUUGCUAUUCUGAGCUAUUCAAAGUGAUGUAAUAUGGUGGCAAAGCAUUAGUUGAAAUAAAAACAUUUAAAUACAA